AUGUGUAUGUGGCACUAUUUUGAAAUUACAAAUAACAUUCAAUAUAAAAUUGUCAAAAUGUUGAAAGUAAACAUUUUUAUGAAGUUCCAGUUCAAACUAUGGAUUCUCAUCUGUGUAAAUGUAUACAUAAAGAUUCUGGGACUAGUACACUCACUUCACAUUAGAAACCCAUGUAACUAUAUUAACACACCGUCCUUCCCUAGACACCUGGCGUUAUCAACCAGUACCGCACUGAAUAGUAGGAGUUUUUCAUCGUUACAAGAGAAAUUUUCCUCUCUAAUAUUUAAUUAUGCCCCGGAACCCAUUUUUAACGUUUUAAAUAAUAAUAUUUGUACCAGUAAUGUAUUCAAUAGUAGUAUAAAGGGGUUUUUGAGGGGAAAGUGUAGGACCAAAUUUCAAUAUUUGUUCAUAAAUAGCAGUAGCAUGUGCAGUGGAGUAAGAAUAACAAUGCUAAAAGAUAAAAUAAGUAAAAAAUAUAUUAUAAAGGAUGAUGAAUUAGAUGAAGAAGAUCGAGGAGGUUAUGAACAUUAUGAAAAGGAUGAUGGUGAAGAUUAUGAAAAGGAUGUCGGUGAUGAAGUUGAAGAAGUUGAAGAAGUUUAUGAAGAUAGUGGAGAAGAUGCUGAAGAAGUUUAUGAAGAUGAUGAAGGAGAUUAUGAAGAAGGUGAUGAACAACAUGAAGGUGAAGAAGGAGGAGGGGGAGAAGGAGGAGAAGAUGAUGAAGAAAAAGAUGUGAUAAUAGAAUCGGAUGGAACAAAAACAAGGAAAAAAAAGGUCAAGAAGAAAAAAAAAGUGGAUGAGUGUAGAUUAUUAGAUGUUUACAAAAAUGAUAUGGAUGAACUGAUAGAACUGUGUAAUCAAGCAGAAACUCUAUAUGAAGAGUACGGAGAUCCGGCAAAGGUGUUAGAGGAGCUGGAUAUCGAGCCAGCAGUAGAGAUCUCAGAUGAUACACUAGUGUGCCUUGCAAGAAGUCUGCUUAACAGACCACCACCACCGAGAGAUUACUUUGGAAGAAUGAUGUACGAACUUGGCUUCCUAAUGAUAUACAAUAACAUAAAGAAACUAAAAAACCAUUUCAUAGAGACACUGGAAGAUAAACUUUCAGGGAAACCAGAUAAAGAUUUUAAAAGAAAUAAAGAGUACGUGUUUGGAAUAGAACCAUUGGAUUUUGGAAGGAAAGUCCAGCCACUCUCGGAAUGUUCUAUAAGAGGAUUCCUGAAUGAAAGGUAUUUUGACCACCUGGAAAAUAUGGCAAAGUAUAACCCGAAAAGAGCACAAAAAAUAUUAACGGUGGUUCACAGAAUACAUAAACAGCCGAAGUUAAUCUCAGAUUUUGAUAAAAACGCAAACGACACGCAAAUAGUGGACGACGUGAAGAAUAUAGUCACAGCAAAAUCAGAGUCAUACAGGGAAUUCUUAGAUAAUUACCCAGACCUAAAGUGGCCAACAAACGAUGAUGAUUUUUUAGACCUAUACUCAUUAUGGUAUGACCCGAAGAUAGAAACUAGAUUAAAAUUGUCUAAUAUAAUAAAGGAGCAUUAUCUGGAUAGUUUGAAGCCCGAGUCAAAAGGAUUAGCGAAGAUUAUAAUAAACAUGUUGGUGAGUCUGAUAUCAGGAUUAACAGCUGGAAAAGGAGCAGAAAUGGGUAUUGACUAUUUGUAUGAUAGGAACCCUGAGUUGAUGGACUUUUUAUUUAGGCAUAAGGGGAAAUUAAAGUAUAUAUUUAUGGGACUAUCAUAUCUCAUCUUAUCAGACCAAAAGGAAGAAAUGGACUACUUUGGAGAAGUAAUGAAGAUAUUAUAUUCAGAUGUGCAAACAUUGGAAAAUCAAUCGGUAAACGCAUUGAUGGAAAGAGUUUGUAAAGGACUUGGAUCAGAAAUGUCAGUAGAAAGUAUGAUCAAGAACCCAUUUGGAAAGUUUGAUGUUAACGUGGAUACAAGAUCAGAAAUGUUUGAAGUGAUAACAAGAAUAAGGAGAGAUAAUUUAAAUAAGUUGGCUGAAGCAAAUAAUAUAAGCCAACAUGAUUUAAGACUGCAGAUGGAAAAGGUAUCAGUAUUGCUAACAUUUAAGUCCUUUUUGAAAUUUAUAAAAUUGUUCGCAUUCAAUGACUUUAAAAACCCGAUGGGAAAAGGCGAUAACGAGGAUUCCCUCCACUUACAACUUACCAAUAUUAAAGAACAAGAGCCAGACUUAACGAAUAUUAGACUACCACCAUAUUAUGAUAUUAAAGAUAAAGAUUCACCAGAUUACAAUUUGCCAGAUGAGGAAAAGUUCGUCGACUUCGAUCCCGAAAACAUGUUUAAUAAUUUCUGCGUCAUGGAAUCAGAAGGACCUGGAGAUUUGCCAGAAGAAAUAAGACAGCUCAUCACAAACCUAAGAUACAUAAAUGCAAUUUGUUUACCAAUGUCAAAGACAAGCGUAUAUAGACUAAUAUAUACAAUUGGAUGUUAUUUGGGAUUAAUGAAUCACUUGCCAAAGACAUAUGGAUGUGAAGUGUUAGGAUAUUAUAUUUCAGGAGAAGACUUUAUGGCGGGUAAAGUGGGUGAAGAGGACGAUUAUAGCGAGUUGUACAAUUUAGAUGAUAAGGAAAUGGGGCUGCCACCGCCAAACGUCAAAAGGUACCGAUUCAAUGCAAUGUUGAUGACCUUUUUCAUGGUCCAGCUCUUCACAGACUUCCAACCAUUCGUUACAGUGACAACUCCCAAGGAUUUCGGGAAGGAUACGGAACAUGACUUUCGAGUGUUCAAGAGCAUGGGAGUGACGGAUGAACAAAUACAACUUUUCAGACAAGCUCCAGUAAUGUCGUCAGGACUCGACGAUAUAGAAAUUUGGGCAGAAGAAUUGCAAAGCAACGGAGGUCGAAUCAAGAAAGAAAAUAUCAAGUAUAAAUACGGGAUCGUGCCAUUCGACGAGAUUUUUGGUGAAACGGAGGAAGAGAGAGAGAAGAGAGAAGCGUAUGAGAUCGAAAACUUGAGAGAUGAUUUGGUGAAGUUGUAUUCAAAGAAGGACUUCAUCCCAGAAAUAAUCAGUUGCAUUUCAAAGGUGUUUUCCGUAUCAGAGAAGUUUCUGCUGAGCAACUUCCCGAAAUUCUUUGUCAACAUAGUGUCCAACAUAAUAUACAAGAGUCUUAACCAAGAAAAUAACAAUUUCCGACACUGUCUAUCAUUGUUUAACGUGGCGAAGGAUGAAAUGACAGUGAAUAAGAUAAGGAACAGAAUAAUGGAAAUACAUUUUCAUCACAUGAACAAAAAGUAUUGUGUGGAUGGUAAUAAUACGUCGGGAAUAUCAGAAAAUAUAAGGGAAGUGCACUCUGAUAUGAGAUUCAUCUCAAAUAAGCUGGAGUUGGAUGAGGAAACGUUUCUGAAUUAUUUCAGAAUUUACACCUUUUCAUGCCUAGUGCAGGAUUUGUCUAAGCUUGACUUUACAAGGAUGACCAAGAGUGAUUUGGAAAAAAUUAAAAUCAAGUAUGAAACUAGCGAUAUUGUGCUCAUAAAUGCACUCUGUGAACUAAUAAAGGAGAAGGCGUACGAUUCUAAGAGGUCACUUCUUGAAGCCAGCGAGUUGGAGGAUUUCUACUUGAUUGAAAAGCACCUCCAUACACUUCUGGAAAUGAAAAGAGCUGUAACAAACUCACUUUCAGGUCUUGUGGACACAAAGUACAUGUACAGAAUCACCAGAGCAUUUCAACAGAAUAAGAUCUAUAAGCCCAAGAAAUUCACGUGCCAUGAAGUCAUAGGAACCUUUGAUAUAUUUAACGUGCUAGAAACCAGUGAUAAUUCUGAGGAAAGUAAGGUAGAAAAAUCAUCUGGAACCAAUUCUUCUGGAACCAAAAUUUCUGGAAAAAUGGUUGAAAAUUCCCCUGAAAAAUUCCCUGAAAAAUCCAGCAAAGUUGUAUUGGAAACUUAUUACGGAAAUUUUGAUAAGGAUAGACUUAAGGAGUUCAAAGGGGAUUGGGAAAUGAUGGAGAGUAGCGAAAAAAUGUCAUAUUACCAGAAGAUGAAGAUGAAGGAGAAGAAUGAGGAAAAGCGAAUCUACAAGACCUUACCAUUGUACGGAGUUGAUUCAGAUUCCACUUACCGUGAGCGCCGUGAAAUAGAAAUGCUGGUAGAAAAGGGCAAACUCCCACCUUUAUUUAAGGAAAUCCCAACUGAAUUCCAUGUCGGACAUAGAGAAGUCCAUCCAGAUUAUGUACCCUUAAAUCCUGAAAAGUACGUAACGGAUAAAGACAAAAUGAGUGUCGUUGACUCUAACCUGGUUUACAAGGCCUGGGUCAUUUACAAUUACCGUAGAAGAGGAAACACACUACAACAUACGGAUAACUUUGUAUCAAUCUUCCCAUCCACAAAACUGCUUGUUGAGAAUGGAUAUAAUGAUUGGAAGCAUAUGUAUAUAAGACAUUGUAUAAGAAAUGAUGAUAUAAAUUCUGAAAGAGAUUGGAAAAGAGAAUUGAAUAUCGAUGACCCAAGUAGUAAGAAAUUAGACGAAGAAAACACUAAGAUAUUUGAAAAUUGUUAUGAAGAGGAACUUUUAAGAGUCACAAAUGCCCCAAUAGAUAAAGUACAAGAUGAUAUUGGGAACACCUCAGACUUCUUUUUCGACCCAUUUUACCUCUCAGUGGUAAAGAGAAUCGAUUACGUAUUCACUAUGGAAGAACCAACAGAUGAACAAAUGAAGAAACUAGAAAAGCUGCAAAAGUUUCUCAAACUUUCAGACAAAUCCAUCGAAAUCGUCCACACCAAAUGCUUUUCAUAUGUGUUCCAAGAGUUUGUGAAGAAAGUAUUGCAAGAACACCAUGGGGAAAAGUUGAAGGAUUUGACUACAAAAUAUAUUAAACCAUUUGCACAGAAAUUAAAUAUUUCUCAGCUGGGCUAUAAUACGGUACUGAGUGAAAUGGUGUAUUGUCAUCUCAAUUUCAUUUUCUAUAAAACGUUCAAUGAGUGUCAAAUUGGACCACAAAUGCUCGCAAAUAUAGACCAAUUCAUUAAGAUGUGUGAAGACUUUGAGAUCAAUAUGGGAGAAUUGAGGUUCUCCUUUGGACUAGACACAUUUAGUGAUACCACAAAAGUGCUUGAAAAGUUCAUCUUCUCAUCAGUGGAUGUUGACAAGUUGGUUGACAUGGACAAGUUUAACCGCUUGUGUGACUUGAUAGGUCUGAAAGGCGAAGCUAGAAGAAAAGAGCUUGAAAAAAGAGGAAUUGAGUUCUACUUCAAGUACAUGUUUGACCACUACAAAACUAACAUUUACCUUGAAACCUUUGAUGACUUGAAGAACUUACACCACGUUUACGGACUCAAUGAAGAUCACUUCAAAAAACUCAUUUAUAGAUACAGACUGAUGAGAGUGUUGGAUGCAUAUAGUGGAGACGCAGGUUUUAAAGAUUUCAACAGGUGUUUGGAAGUGCUAGUGGGCGAAGAUAUUAGCAAGUACAUUGAGCUGGAUAGAGAUAUGAGAGUUAACUGGCUAGUUAACAUAAUGAACGAAAUUCUGGAGGAAAAAAAGUUCAACAUCAAUAGUUAUUUGUACCUGAAUAGGAAUUUGUCGGAUAUAAAAAACAGUCCAAAAGGCUCCAAGUACAGUGAAAUAGUGGAUUUACUCAAGGCGACAUGUGAUAAGAUCCUGAUAAAGGAUGAUGAGAUAAUGGAGGCUUUAUUCUUCCACGCUGAUGAAAAUAUAGAAUACAUUACCUACAGAAUAGACAAGAUGAUCAGAACGAGCAAGGACGAGGAGGCAAAAAAAGAGGACGAGAACUAUGAUAGCGAAAAGAUUAGGGAUUUUGAAGACAGAGCAUCUAAAAGGCAGCGGACCGGAGCUGAGUCUCAAAGUCAAAACAAGUUUUAUGAAUUGGUGACUGACAUGAUUAAGAUAAUUGCAGCGACUCCAAAGAGUAUGAGUAACUACAUUAAGGGUAAGAUACGGAUUGCCGACGCUGACCCCGUCAAGAAGAUACUGGUUCAGAACGCGCACUCUGAUGAUGAGCUCAUCGGAUCUCUAAAACUGGUGGAUUUAUACCUUGAAAAGUGA